CAAAGCUUCAUUCUAACCGCAAAUGACCAACGAGUCGUGCUGCCUUAUCUCCAUUACAAACCACACAAAAAAACGAUCUUUACUUCAGUGACCAACUGCAGGAGACAGCUUUACUUCUCUCUUUUUUUGCUUCUCAUGCACAAACACUCAUCAGACAAAGAACAACUUGAAGGCACUCCAGACGUCUAUCACCAUGGAACUCUGUCUUUAUAAAGGCUUGUUAGUGGUCUUGCUGCUACAUCUAUGCCAGGGUCAAGACCCUGCUCUCCCAUCACCCAGCCCUGAAUCUGCUCUACCAAGUCUGGUUGAUGUCAUUGAUGCAGUGAAAGCUGCAUUUAUGGAGGCUGUGAAGAUCUCGAAGGAUGAUGCAGCACGAGCGGUUUUUGAACAGGUUGUGGAAGAACUAGGGCCACAAGAGAACGUAGCAGAGAAGCCUCCAGCGACAGCUGAUGACACAGAAGAUGAAUUACCUGCAGUGGUGCAUGAACAUGCAGAUAAAGAAAAAACAACAAGCCUCAGUGAAGAGAAUGCAAAGCAGGAGCAGGCCGACCCAAAAUUAAACUUGUCUGAACAAACCCUGGUGCUUCCAGAUGAAGAGGAAGUUAGACAGGGUGCAGGGUUGGGUCAGGAACUAGGUGAGAAACCUGUGGAGUCAAUUUACCAACUAAAUAAAUCAGCUGAAGAAUCAGUGCAGGAGGUAGAGGAUCCAAUUCCAAACAUAGCUCGAGAUCUAGUGGAGUCAACCCAAGAACCAAAAGAAUCAUUUGAGCUUGAAUCAGAAGGCAAGAACCCCAGUGAUCAAAAGGAUGCUGAACUGGAUGAAUCCCAAAUUUGGUCUUUUGAAUCAGCAUCAGAAGGAGAACGAGUAGAGCAAGCAGGAGUAGAAGAAGGAAAACAGGAGCUGGCUGAGUCAGAGCUGGUAAAAGUUCAAGAGGAGACCGACAACACUGAUGUAAUUGGAGAAAUGGAAGAAGAAGAUGGGUGGAAAAAAGAUGUGGAGGCACAUAUAGAGUCAAAGAUCCAGAAAGGGGGAUUGUUUGAGCUGGCUAAACAAACAGAACCACAACCUGAUCAAGACCAGGAGCAUGGCCUAGUAACAGAUGAUGACUUAAAAGUGAAAAUAGUAGUUGAGGAGAAACAGAACAAAGAUGAUCAGAGACUAGUAGAUGUUGGAGGACAUGUGGUUGAAGUCAAGACUGAGAAGGAAGAUGUAGAGGAGGAAGCAGCGGCUCACACUGACAAUGAGGCAGUAGGAGGAGAAGCAGAGGUUGAGAGUCUGAUCCCAGGAUCAGAAGCAACAGAUGAAACUUCUCAAGAACUAGCCACAGAUAUCAUGCAAGAGACUAAUGACCUGAAUGACAUUGUGACGUCCAGAGACCCAGAGCUCAACUGGGAUGUCCCAACGCUGGGCAUCAGUGGGCAUGCACUCCCUCCUUUCCCAACUCUGGGUAUAGAACUUGGAGAAAGGGAUGAACUGGUGGAGGAACCUGCAGACAAAACACAGUCCACCACUCCAAAGCAGGAAGCCUGGAAGAUUGGAGUGAUAGCGAUAGCAUUCUUCCUCAUUCUGCAGACCCUCGUCACUGUCACCUACAUUCUGAAAUGCAAGAGAAAAAGAAACAGUUGCGCAGUCCCAGAGAGAGUAUGUGAAGAUGGAAUCGGAGCUGUUGAACAUGAUGCAGCAAAUGCAGACACUGAUGAACAGACCACGGUGGAUGAUCUCCCAGAGCGCUCUGAAAUCCAGCAAGAGACGUUCAUUAUGACUCCGAUUCACACACACUCUAUGGUGGAGAAGUCAUUCAGUCAGUGAACUUCUGCUCUUUAGAGCUACUGCUUCAACACUACUGCCUCAAAUAUACUGUAUGUGUGUUUGUAUCUCUGUGACUGUGAUUUGUAGUCUAUAAUACACUACCAGUCAAAAGUUUGGACACUCUAGAUAAGUUGCAUCAUGGACUGGGAAACUGUCGGAUGUUGGUACAAUAUUUUGGAAUUCUGGAAAAUAGCCAAAAAUGAUGAAAAUAGAGAGUUUUUUUUGCCACUAGCUUACUUUGACAUCUGUACUUUAAGAAAACAAGAAAUUUUGUCAACAGAACUAACUGUAUGAAUCAUCAAUUAUCCACAUUUCCUAAUGUCAACUUAUAAUUUUUUAAAUUUGGUCAUUUUUUUCCCUAAGUAGACUAGGUUAUAAAUGUAGAGGUGGGUGAAGUGUCUUUGAGUGGAAUUUGAGUGAAAUCAUCAAAUGCAAUUGUCUUCUUUUUCACAUUUUUUUGUUUUUAAAUGCUAGAACGUUACUUGAGAUUGAAAUACUGUAUGUGCAAAUAAGACAGCAACUUUAGUUCAGGAAGUUUUUUAGUUCGUGUAGUUUUUCAAAACUAUAUGUAGAAAAAAAUCUAAAUUUCACCAUGUGAAGGGUUUUCCCAGGCUACCACACAUAUAUUUCAUUGUCAUGAAUUUGUCACACAUGUAAAUAGUCAAAUUAAUGAAUGUGCAUAAACUUUGUUUAUGAAUCAAAAUCCUUUUACAAGCAGUUUUCCUUGAAAUUACAUUUCAGUAGAAACGAUUGGAAAAAUAAAAGCCUCCUGGCUGAAGGUCCUCAUGAACCUGGUUGAGAAGAUGUCAAAAAAAAAAAAAAAUAGAAAAAAAAAAUAAAUAAAAUUUUUAAUGUAAAUAAGUUUGGAUUUGUUGAGCACCUUUCUUGGUCACUGCAUAAUUCCAUAUGUAUUAUUUCACAGUGCCAAUGUCUUCAUUAUUAUCCUCAAUUAAUAGAAAAUUGUAAAAAUGAAACAAAACCUUAUAUGAGACUUUUGAUUGGUCGUGUGUGUAUGUAUGUAUAUAAGGUCUGUCCUCUAUGUAUCAGAUUAAAUGUUACACCUAUUUUAUGGAUAACGUUGAUAUGAUCAAAAUAAAGGAAGGUU